AAUUGCAAAUGGCCAAGAAAGAUCAAACUCGAAGGAAGGAGCCGAAGAGGCGAAAAGCGAAGAUAUAGAAGCGAGAGAGAAGAUGAGUUCUUCUGGUUCGACUAAGGGUGGGAGAGGAAAACCCAAAUCCUCGAAAUCCAUCUCCAGAUCUCAGAAGGCCGGCUUGCAAUUCCCCGUCGGAAGAAUCGCCAGGUUCCUCAAGGCAGGAAAGUAUGCCGAACGUGUUGGUGCCGGUGCUCCCGUCUAUCUAUCUGCUGUGCUGGAGUACCUUGCAGCCGAGGUUCUUGAAUUGGCAGGAAAUGCAGCAAGAGAUAACAAGAAGAAUCGUAUUGUCCCUAGGCACAUACAACUUGCGGUGAGGAACGAUGAAGAGUUGAGCAAACUUUUGGGUACUGUUACUAUCGCUAACGGAGGGGUUUUGCCCAACAUUCAUCAGACUCUCUUGCCCAAGAAGAUCGGGAAAGGAAAAGGCGAGCUUGGUUCUGCAUCACAGGAGUUCUAGGGUUUUCACCCCUCUUUUUUGUUAUAGGAAAGAUCUUGUUUGAUAGUAUCGAUAAUGGGAUUUCUCUUGUAAUCAACGAAACCUUAUUUUUUCCCUUAUCUUUUAUGGAAAUACAAAAAGAAAUAAUUUUAUGAUAGCGUGAACGAUGGUUUUGCUUUUAGAAACAUUUCAUCAUCAAUGGGAAUUUGCUGGAACUUUACUUA